AUGUCAUCAGAACGCAUCCCUUCCAUAAAACUGCCGGAACUACAAACCAGAGUAAACUCCAAGGAAAACGAGAAUCCAGUAAAUCUUCAAGGAAUGGACCUCAGCGACCUGCAACACAUGUCCUACAUGCUGAAACAACUCAAUAGUGAAAGUGAUAGUGAAAUGGUUACACAACAACAGUCCUCAACAGAGUGCCUAUAUAACUACUACAUGUAUGGCCAGAAGUUGGACUCUCCGCGAUCGUACGCGUACUGGCAUGAAGUCAUGAAACCUUCAGGCGCUGAAAGUGAGAUCGGGUAUAGGAUAGUUGGAGGUCAAAAAAACCCGAUAGAGCAAGCCCCGUACCAAGUGCAGUAUGGUGAGUACUGCGGAGGCAGCCUUGUGUCGCCCAGCUGGGUGCUGACGGCCGCUCACUGCGGAGUCAAAGACAACUACAUCUCAGCAGGCAGCACUUAUUCCUCCAGAGGCACCAGAUACAACGUCUGCGCGCACUUUGUGCCCCCUGGCUGGGAGGCGCCCAACAAGGCUCAUGCCAUGGACUUCGACUAUCAGCUGCUGCUCUUAGAGACUCCUGUACCAGUGACCAGCAGAUCCAGGCCGAUAGCUAUAGGGAGCGAGGAAGAUGUGCAGCCAGGUGCGAUGGUGCAGGUUACAGGAUGGGGUCAUACGAGCCCUGAGAACGGCUACAAGCAAGAGAUUCUCCGUCGCGUCCUGGUCCCGAUCAUGAGCGACGACCAGUGUCGCCUCGCCAAACACAAGUUUUACAAGACAAUUACACCCCAAAUGUUCUGCGCUGGCUACGAACAUGGCUCUAAAGAUGCUUGCCAGGGUGACUCCGGCGGCCCGGUGGUGUCCCCCCGCGGGCGGCUGGUGGGCUCGGUGUCGUUCGGCAUGGGCUGCGCGGCGCCGCGCCAGCCCGGGGUGUACGCGGACAUAGCGCCAGCCAGGGCAUGGAUACGCCAAGUCACUGGUUUACCGUUGUGAGCGUGGCGAGAGAAGUUGCAGGUUAUUUAGGGUGACUUUUACCAAACGCUUAACGUAUUUAGAGUUGUAUUUAAAUCAAAAUUUAAAUUCAUUUUGUACCAGACGUUCACGUUUGACAAGCGACAAAACACGUUUUAGAAUUUGGUGAAAGUCCACCUUAGGAAUA